AUGCAUGACGAAGAUUUCUGUUGCGCUGUAUGCUUGGACUUUUUCGUUGAGCCAUGUAUCAUAAAAUGCGGUCAUUCGUUCUGUCAUUUAUGCAUCGAGAGUCAUUUGAAUGUCAAUGAGAAAUGUCCGUUGUGUCGUUCAUAUACAGGAAGUCCCAUAAGAAAUAGACAACUCGAGUCGUUGACAAUGAGCUAUGUUGCUUCUCGAAACCUAUCCAACGCUUACUACGAACGAAUGAAAUUUAAUCAAAAGAAGGUUCUUCUUCAGAAACGAGCACUGGCAUUGAUUUACACAGGACUCAAAGAUAAACCAGGUCAAUCUACAGAGCUUUGUAACUUAGUUAAGAAUGUGGACGACGAGGAGCUGAAAUCAGAAAUAAGAAGUCAAGUCAGACAACAAGUCGGAGUCGGGUUGGAACAUGUCGGGGAUCUGGAAAACGAUACGGUCACUAUUCGAUUGAAAAACUCAACGAGAUGA